UUUUCAAAACUUCGACAACGCGGAAGAUUUAAUCCUAAUCCAACCGCAAGAAUGGUACGACUGUCUGUUAUUCUUUCUAUGGGUUACAUUCUGGCAAGCGAUAAGGGCAACGUUCAAUGUUCUGAAAGAUAUGUAGCACGACGAUGUAUUGAAAAAAAUGAUUGUAACUAUUGUCGUCAAAUAAUGUUAAAAACACCAAUAAAAGACGUAACAGCUAAUGAAAAAUAUAUCGAAUAUCGGGAAUAUCCUAAUGCAGACGAAGAUGCGCCGAUAGUCACGAAAUUAGUUCGACCAACAAAUCUUUUUAUAAAUAUCAUUAAAACACAGUUAAUGGCUUUUAAUCGUGGCAACAUCACUGGGCAUCCACACAACUUCUUGAAAAGAUGAUAAAUGAAGGUAUACAUGCCACUAAUAAAAUGCAUGCUGAAUGGUUUGACAUUCAUAAAAAGUGUUACAAUCAUCGUAUGC